AUGGCGCCAGUCCACGAAAAUAAUCCAAUUGAACCCAACUCUGCUGAAGAGCGCAGCACUCCGCCCGCAUUUCUUGAUCUCGCAGACUCUUCUUCUCGCACGGGGACCGACAUCGCAGCGCAUCUCGUGCAGCAGAAACGUCUCGAACACGAGCGCCUUCGUCAAAUUCACCGUCACAAAUUCGAGGAGCAAAUGCGCCUCUUGGAGCAGCAGCAUGCCAAGGAAGAAAGCGAGCUGCUGAACAUACCCGGUGAUCUGCGUCAUAUUGCCGUCUCUGCACCAACAACCCCUCCGAGAUUGUCCAACGUGCUCGGAGGCGACGUGUCAGAGAACAACGCGGCGCUCGACGUACACACUGCCCACCUUGGCCCGAUCUAUCGAGCUGGCAACGUCAACGGUGUCACUUUUGCCUCUGGGAAUCAUGGUGCAGUUAGCGACAAGCGCAAUUCGGUCAACUUUGCAGACGCUGAGCGUGCCGCUCCCCUCCAUGCCGCUCAAGGCUACGUCGGUGCCAAAUCCAUGCCCGCCAGUCGCCGAGGCUCCUCCGACAGCCGUGAUGGAGAAGACAUCCUUGUGCAAAACAUGCAAGGCCUGGGCAUUAAUGAUGUCAAUACGGCAAUCUCUAAACCCAUUCUCCGCCAGACAAAGACCACUGCUCGCUUUGAUGACCACGAGUACCCUGGGAAUUACAAUGCCGGCCUUAUGCUUGACGACGAGCUAGAGAAGGAUAUCAACCAAACCAUUAAAUUCCUGCCGAAUUCUGACGAGGCCGCAAGGAACGACCCCUAUUCCAAGUUAUCCGCUUCCUCUGCGGCGUUAGAUCUGGCUCCGUUGGCUCAAACUCCUCCUCGUCCUACGUACAUGAGUCGUCAUAUGGAGGCUCAAAAGUCCUCUGAAUGGCCUUCAUUCUCGUCACGCCCCGAGAAUGCAAACCGCCUCAGCCGUGGAUAUAGUCAAGCCGCGGUUACACUCAAUGCACCACUUGAGCUUGGAGGGCAGCUGACCUCAGCUUCUCCAGCACCCAUAGGACAGUCCCAUUCGCCCGUUCCUUCCCGUCGCUCCUCCCCGAGGGCGUUCGGGAGUGAAGGCGUCAUUGGCGGCAGGUCUGUGCCCGUAACUCCGUUGAACACGGCUCCGCUCGUCUCUUCCAAUAGCGGUAGCCAAGGCAUUGGCUCCAAGUCAGGGACGCCAGCCCUUCCCAUGGGACAGGACCAGAGUCCCAUCGGCUUCAACGGGAUGGCUGCCUCCAACUUCAAUCAACGAUACAGUGGAAACUUUGAGGCAACCGGCGGCUACGGCUUACAAUCCAUUGAUGACCGCUUCAUCGACAAUGGAUACUCCAUGUCGCUCAAUGGUGAUCCACGCUAUCAAAGCGGAUAUGGCAAUGGCUACGAGAACAACUCCCGUGGUGGUUAUGGGCAAAACGCUGGCAGAUAUGGCAUGAUGGGAUCUGGCCGAGGCAUGGGAGCCGACACGAAAAUGAAUGGCUUCCAUGGGGUCAAGCACAAGCGAGGCGACAUGGACCGCGAGUUCAAUCGCUACGCAAGCAGUCGCCUCGAGGACUUGAUUGGGGAAAUCCCUCUCAUGUGCAAGGAUCAGCACGGAUGCCGUUUCCUGCAAAAGAAACUCGAGGAGGGCGUCCCCGAGCAUCGGGAUAUCAUCUUCCGCGAAACAUUUAAGCACUUUGCAGAGUUGAUGACUGACCCCUUCGGAAACUAUCUCUGCCAGAAGCUGCUUGAAUACUCUACGGAUGAACAGCGCAACCUUAUCUGCGAGUCCGUGGCGGGCGAUCUGGUUACUAUUUCCCUCAAUAUGCAUGGCACGAGGGCGGUGCAGAAAAUGAUUGAUUUCCUUUCUACGCAACGUCAGGCUGAUCCUCAAUACAACGACCAGAUUGUCGCCAUUAUCAGGGCCUUAUCCUUGCAUGUGGUCACCCUCAUCAAGGACUUGAACGGUAACCACGUCAUCCAGAAGUGCCUCAAUAGGCUCGUCCCUGAAGAUAACCAAUUUAUCUAUAAUGCAGUGGCUACUCACUGCGUCGAGGUUGCUACUCACCGUCACGGGUGCUGUGUCUUGCAGAGGUGCAUUGACCACGCAUCCGAGACGCAGCGCCUCCAACUCGUCACGGAGAUUACGUAUCACGCCUUGACACUCGUCCAGGAUCCAUAUGGCAACUAUGUGGUGCAAUAUAUUUUGGAUCUCAACGACAACAGGUUCAGUGACGCCGUGAUUCGCCAAUUCUUUGGCAACGUCUGUGCGUUAUCUGUACAAAAGUUCAGCUCGAACGUCAUCGAAAAGUGCAUCCGGGUCGCCGAACACAACACCCGCAAAUUACUUAUUGAAGAAUUACUUAAUCGUAGCCGUCUCGAGAAGCUUCUGCGCGACUCUUUCGGCAACUAUUGUGUACAGACUGCGCUUGACUAUGCAGAGCCUGGUCAAAGGAUGCUGCUUGUUGAAGGCAUCCGCCCCAUCCUGCCACUCAUCCGCAAUACUCCCUAUGGGAAGCGAAUCCAGAGCAAACUUCAGCGCGAACAAAUGGAUGUCAACAAUGUUGCGCACUACAAUGCCAACUAUCACCAAGCUCAUGCUGCUCUUGUUAACCUGGCGCUGAACAAUGGUCUCGGUGCGCAGGGAACCUCGCGACUCUCUCAUGGUUCGCCACUCGUCUCUGACUAUCAACGUUCUCCUGCCGUCUAUGGCCUGUCACCGGGACUACUCGCUGGACAACAAGGCUCUCCCCUUGUCUCCCACUCUACUCACCAGUCGCCUGCUUUGUAUAGCAGCCCCGGUGGUCCGGUGGGUCUCGACAGCUACGGGUCUCCAGCCGGCUCCCUGGGGGACAAGGCGCGGGUGCUUACCAGAACCUGGGUGCCUACAAUGGAUCCGUACAGAACGCAACGUGGAGGUGCUUACCCUUACUAA